UUGACCUCACUAUAAAGCGGGAGCUGGGGGCCAAGCGCCUUUUCGGAGCGACCGGCCGCCGGCCCGUGGCUGCGCGCCGCUAGCCGGGAUGACUCUCCCCGCGGCGCUGCUGCCGGCGCUGCUCCUGGGGCUGCUGUGGCCGGGGGCGGUGCGCGGCCGGCCGCCCCCGGGCCGCCUCCCCGCCGGGCCCCGCCAGCGGCGGUGGGACGCGGCUCUCUUCGCCCGUUCCGUAGCGCGUCUCCCGGCCGAGCGCCGCGACGCCGCCCGCGACGGCGACUACCUCCUAGGCAUCAAGCGGCUGCGGCGUCUCUACUGCAACGUGGGCAUCGGCUUCCACAUCCAGGUCCUGCCCGACGGCCGCAUCGACGGGAUCCACAGCGAGAACCGAUACAGUCUGCUGGAAAUCUCCCCUGUGGAAAGAGGAGUGGUGAGCAUAUUUGGUGUUAGAAGCGGACUCUUCGUGGCCAUGAAUAGCAAAGGCAAACUCUAUGGAUCUACCCAUUUCAAUGAUGAGUGCAAAUUCAAAGAGAUCCUCCUGCCAAACAACUACAAUGCUUACGAAUCCAGGAUUUAUCCCGGGAUGUACAUAGCCCUGAGCAAAAAUGGAAGAACAAAGAAAGGCAAUAAAGUAUCUCCCACAAUGACGGUGACACAUUUUCUUCCUAGAAUCUGA